AUGGCAGACAAGGAAGGCCUUGUCCUCCCCGUGUCGGAGCGCGACACGCACAAUGCUCUCAGCGACAACUCGACUGCGGUCAAGGAACCUUCAAUUGCCGAGUCGGUCUGGAUAUCAUCUUCCAUGUCCAAGACCAGGGAGAUGCUCUUUGUUGGAAUUGUCUGUAUGGCUCAAUUCUGUACUCAGGCUGCCUACAUGGGGACCUUGGUCCUCUUGCGAAAAAUCGGCCGUAGCUUUGGCGUUGCAGACCCUGCCCAGCUGGCGUGGCUCGUUGCCGGCUACUCCCUGACAGUCGGCACUUUCAUCCUCAUCUCUGGCCGACUCGGCGACAUUUUUGGCUACAAAACCAUGCUCAUUGUCGGCUUCGCCUGGUUCUCGCUCUGGUCGCUCGUAUCCGGCCUGAGCGUCUACUCCGACUUUACCCUCGCCGUCUUCUCGCGCGUCCUGCAAGGCAUAGGCCCCGCGCUGUGCCUGCCCAACGCCCUGGCCAUUCUGGGCUCGGCGUAUCCGCCGGGGAGCCACCGCAAAGCAAUGGUGUUUGCGUGUUUUGGCGCGGUGGCCCCGAUUGGGGGCGUGUGCGGCGGCGUCUUUGGGUCCUUGCUGGCCAUGGCCUGGUGGCCGUGGGCGCUCUGGGCCAUGGCCGUCUGGCUCGCCGUGUUGGCCGUGGCGGCAUACUUGAUUAUCCCGAAGCCGCCUCAGCGAAAGGAGGAGCCUCGCUCAGUGCGCGCGUGGAUUGUGGCUCUGGAUGCGCCUGCGGCUGUCGUGGGCGUUACGGCUCUGAUUCUCUUCAACUUUGCCUGGACGCAGGCACCCAUCAGCGGCUGGCGUACCCCAACAGUUAUUGUGCCGCUUAUACUUGGCUUACUGCUCUUUGCGGGGUUUGCAUACAUGGAGCUCAAGAUGAGCGAGCAUCCUCUUUUGCCGUUUGAUGCGUUCAAGCCUGACAUUUGCUUUGUUCUCGCUGCACUCGUCUGCGGUUGGGCCACCUUUGGUAUCUGGACUCUGUACCUGGUCCAAAUUCUGGAAGAUGUUCGUGGUCUAUCGCCAGUCCUUACAUCAGUGUACUUUGCGCCCGUUAUUAUUGCCGGCGCAGUCGCUGCUUUCAUCACGGGCAAACUCUUGGGCCCGCUGCAGGUCCGCCCGGCAUUGGUCAUGAUGAUGGCGUUGACAGCAUUUACCAUUGGCAUCAUAUUGACCUCAUUCGCCCCUGUUCAUCAGAUAUAUUGGGGCCAGAUUUUUGUUUCCAUGCUUGUAAUGCCCUUUGGCAUGGACAUGAGCUUCCCCGCAGCGACAUUGACACUGUCUAAUGCAGUGGCGAAACAACACCAAGGCAUCGGGGCUAGUCUGGUCAAUACUGUUGUCAACUACGGCAUCGCACUAGGCGUCGGUAUUGCUGGAACCGUCGAAGUCAACGUACGAGGGCCGUCCGACUCAUCCGACGAUCGCUUCAACGGGUUUCGCUCAGGCUUGUAUACAGGGAUUGGUUUAGCUGGAGUGGGCAUGGCAACAUGUGUUGUAUUCUUGUUUAAACGGCACAAUGUGCACCAAGAUGCACAAGCUGUCAACCUUUGUAGUCACUAG